UUCGCAAAUGGUACAGUUGUAGCCACAACUCGCGUCGCCGCGUGUACUCGUAGCUCGAUCACAAACUUCCUAUAAAGAGAUGUAGAUCGCGAAUGAUAUCAGUAACCGGUGUUACAUCAACGAGAUAUCACUAACGCAAUUAAACAUGAGAGAAUUCUCCUCCCUGCUGGUCUGCUGGCUGCUGGCGCACGCCGCAGCCGAGCCGGACAAUGGCUUCGGCUCGUUCUUCUCCAAGGGCUUCAAGUCGGUCGCGCAGCCCGUCGGCUCGUUCGUAGCCGCUGCAGGAAAUAACACUGUCGGUGCAGCGAAGUCAUUUGGCGACGGACUGGAGACGGUCGGCCGACCCAUCGGCGAAAGAGUUAGCUCAGCGGGAGAAGCGGGCAAGGUGGCAGCGGAGACAGUGGGGCAGGGUCUGCAGAAAGAGAUCCAAACUAUCAAACACCCCAUCGACACCACCAUCUUCUACGGCAUCUCCUCGCAAUGUAAAAAUGUGCAAAAAAUAUUGGGCGUUUCCUACGAACAAAUAAGCGAUAAGGAACCGGACUUCGAAGAUCUCAAGUUGGUUUUCAAAACGGAGCUAUUCACGACGACGAUGAGCAUCGGCAACGCCGCGGCCGCGCUGCGCGUCGCGCGCUCCUACGACGAGGACUCGCACCUCGUGGUGUUCUGCCACGGGUUCACCGACGACCCCUCCCAGACCAGCUUCACCAGCGUCAGCCAGGCCUACUUCGAUGGCGGUCAGAUGAGUAUGAUCGCGCUGGACGCCAGCCCCUACAUCAGCUGGUUCUACCUGCGCUCCACCACGCUGGUGCGCUUCAUCGGGGAACGGUUGGGGGCGCUGCUGCACGCGCUGGUCAAGGAGGGUCAGAGUCCGUCUAAAAUCCACAUAGUGGGGCACAGCUUGGGCGCGCACAUCGCCGGCUACACGGGCAAGCACUUCACGGAGCUGAGCGGCAGCAAGCUGGGCCGCAUCACGGGCUUGGACCCCGCCGGGCCCUGCUUCAGCCGCCUGCAGCCCGCGCUGCGGCUCAACCGCACGGACGCGGACUACGUGGACAUCGUGCACACCGACGCCGGGGCGUACGGCAUCUCAGAGCAAGUCGGCCACAAGGACUACUACCCCAACCGCGGCACCCGGCAGCCCGACUGCCUGCUGCAGACGUGCUCGCACUCGCGCGCCUGGGAGCUGUACAGCGAGUCCGUGCUGCGCCCGCGCGCCUUCCCCGCCGUGCGCUGCAAGGACUGGGACGCCUUCGCCAACGGAGACUGCGACUUCGAUAACAUCAGUUACAUGGGCUACGCGUCCGAGCCGGGCCCCGACGACGAGGAAGAAGGCAAGUACUUCCUGCAGACCAACACCACCAACCCGUUCGGGCUGGGCCAGGCGGGCAUCAAGUACAAGAACAUGGACGGCAUCAUACAGAACGCCGCCGACUUCGUGUCGGGAUAACAUAAACAUUAAACAACAUGUAUAAUAAUUGUACAAGAUAAUAUAUUUGUACAAACUGUACUGUACCUAUAAGUUUACGACAGGCGUUCCCAAACUUUUAACUAAAUGGAACACCCACUAAGGUCUUUUGUCUUUUAUUGUACGGAACUCUGUGUAAAAAUAUUACAAAUCAAAGCCACUUUAAUUCAAAUAAGAACUUAUACUGGGAAUGUUUUGUGAAACACUUAAGUUGCAUUAAUUAUUAAUUAAGUUCUGUAUUACGUCCAAUAAUUCCAUGUGUAUUGCAUAAUAAUAAUGAUAUAGCAUCAAAUCUUUAGCAACUAUGGUAUCAAACAAUUAUGCGGAACUCUGUAAUCCUCGACAUACGUCGUGAGCCACAUCUUAGAUCUACAGGCUACUUUUUCGGAACCCACAUUGGAAAUCGUUGGAUACUCUGUAGGAUACUCUCAGAUACUGCACUGCACUGAUUGUUACAGGGACUUUCUUGUUUAGCCAACUUAAAAUGACAGUAAUGAUUAGAGUUGAAACAGCUGUACUUAUCUCUUUGCUCAAUACUUAUUCAGACCUUACCUAUAUCAUAGUACAAACAUACAUCCAAUUGAUAUUACGUAGUUUUUAAAGUUGGACAAUGACUACUUGUCAAUAACAAAACAUUAAUUAUGAAAAUAAACGACCCACCAACUGUUGAAAAUACCACCCCCUUAAUUCAAUAGAGGUUUUUUGUAUUAAUUAUUAAUUUAUUUUAAAUAAAUUUCAUGAUAUAUUUUAUACUUCAAUCAAUAACAGUUAUCAUCUGUUUAAUUUAUUUUAAAAAAAAUGAUAUUUAUUCGGCGCUUAUACAUAUAUUAUGUUGAUAUUUUUAUAAUUAUUGUUUCCGUAAGUUGUUUAAUCAUGUACUUACUCGUUUUUUGUAGUACAUACACGCAUUUAUUAAUAUUUAAAAAAUACAUAUAAAAUUAUUUUUAUUAGUGUGUUAUAUAGUUGUCGUGUCUCGUAGUUUGUUAAAUAAAGAAUAAAAGACAUACUUUAAAACAAAGCAUUUUUAUUUGUAAUAUCUGUGACGUCAUAACUUCGUUAAAUAUCAAAUAAUACGGAGCUGGGACUCUUAGAAAAAUAAACAUCUUUAAUAAAUAUAAAACAUGAGGUUCUUGCGUAUAUCAGAGCAAUCAUUUAUAAUUUCCAACAAAUGACUAUUCUUUGCAGGUAUACAGACUGAAAAAAAUAACGACUUUCAUCGACAAAAAUGUUCGUAAAAAAUAUCAAUAUCGAAUAAUGUAAAUUUUUCCUCUAA